UCAAUAUUCGAUACUACAUGCUUCUCUAUAUGGCCCCUUUGUGUCAAAUGUCAAUCAAACAGAAAUGAUGAAGACGACAUUGUAGUUAUUCACUAACAAAUAUCAAUAGGACCCUUUAUCCAAACCAAGUUGGUACGGUCUCAUGGGAGCCUUUAAUUGGUCCAGAGCCCCAAAAAUCUCCAACCAUACCACCAUCUUCUUCAGUUCUUAUGGAUGGGAAAUGAAGAAUUUAUUCUCAGAAGACUUUCAUCAAACACGAGAAGUGCAAAACCAAACACAACAGGAGAUAGAAAAUACAGGUGUAGAGAACGAACAAGAGCGAGCGAGAUGUGAAUGGGAUUUCAAACUCUCUGCCGCCGUAUCUUCAAGCACUACAGGAGCGGUCUCCGAUGUGCUUGGAGUGAUCGAAGUCGACCCAUCAGAUAGCAUCGUGGCCACCAGCGGAAUCGCGAGAAAGAUUAGAAUUUACAGUAUAAAUGAUGCAAGCAGAGUAGGGGUCUUCAACACUAGUGAAAGUAGCGAAGAGACUCUUCUGUUAGACCAUGCCACGGCAUGUGACUACUACAUAUGUACACCAGCCAAGCUCAGUAGCCUCAGGUGGAGACCCGGGUCCGGCCAACGGGUCAUAGGAUCCGGAGACUACGACGGGGUGGUCACAGAGUACGAUCUUGAAAGAAGAGUACCCAUUUUUGAACGCGACGAGCAUGGCGGGCGCCGGGUUUGGAGCAUGGACUAUUCCCAUUGUGAUCCCGUCGUUGGCGCUUCCGGGUCGGACGACGGAACCAUGAAACUUUGGGACCCACGUUGCGACGACGGGAAUUGUGUGGCUACGGUGCAGCCUAGCCUGUCACGUAGUCCCGUGUGUUGCGUCGAGUUUAACCCAUUCGGCGGUACAUUGAUAGCCGUCGGAUGCGCAGACAAGCGUGCAUACGGAUACGAUUUCCGGAUGACAAGGGAGCCUCUUAUAGUGUUCGACGGGCACCUGAAAGCGGUGUCGUACGUCCGAUUCCUUGAUAUGAAUACAAUAAUUUCCGCCGGAACCGACGGUUGUUUAAAGCUAUGGGAUUUACAAGAUUCUCACGUGAUUCGCACGUAUAGAGGGCACGUGAACAACCGAAGAUUCGUUGGGUUAUCCGUAUGGAAGAGUGGUGGGCUUAUCGGAUGUGGGUCUGAGAGUAAUCAAGUUUUUGUGUAUGAUAAGAGAUGGGGUGAGCCCAUAUGGGUUCAUGGGCUCGAGCCACUCGAACCAGUGAUGUCUCGAGCUGGGUUGGAUGAAGGUGGGUGGAUUAGUAGUGUGUGCUGGAGACAAGUUGGAGAGGGGCAGUGUUCACUUAUUGCAGGUAGAUCAGAUGGCGUUUUGCAGGUUUUUAUGGGCAAAAGGAAGUCGUCUUCUUCUGAUACAAAUAAAGUCAUUCGAUUGUAAGCUUUCCAUAAAUGGUAUACUAGCAACAAUGAUUUGACCAUAUUGAUCGGACAGCUCUGCUGUACGUAAUAACAUCGGUUGUCUAAUUUACUA